AUGCUAUACACCCCACCUCUCAUAUCCAAGAUGCUAUUCACCCCGCCUCUCAUGUCCAAGAUGCUAUUCACCCCGCCUCUCAUGUCCAAGAUGCUAUUUACCCCGCCUCUCAUGUCCAAGAUGCUAUUCACCCCGCCUCGCACGUCCAAGAUGCUAUUCACCCCGCCUCGCACGUCCAAGAUGCUAUUCACCCCGCCUCUCACGUCCAAGAUGCUACAUAUAUUCACCCCGCCUCGUAUGACCAAGAUGCUAUUCACCCCGCCUCGCAUGACCAAGAUGCUAUUCACCCCGCCUCGCAUGUCCAAGAUGCUAUUCACCCCGCCUCGCACGUCCAAGAUGCUAUUCACCCCGCCUCACAGAACAAAGAUGCCGUUCACAAUUUACUCCACAUUUCAAGGUUCAUAA